CUAUUGUGCCUAGCCUUUGUGCGCUAUCGCCCCCUAUAAAGAGUUGUCGAGCGCGCUCACUCCGAAUCUCUUCCUCCUUACUCGUCACCACCAUCCUCAACACAACCCUUCCGCAUCCAUACUCGACUCUUUGAGCUCCCGAUCUACAAUUUAGCACUCUUCGCAGACAGGAAUUACGAGAUCAGGGAACAUGUCCACUCGCGGCGCACCCCCUUCCCAGUCAGGUACCAACCACCGCGGCCGUCGAGCUGCAAAAUCGAAUGGAAAUGCCAGUCAGCGAGACAACCCUUCCAAGCUCGCAGAGUCUCAGGUCAAGACCAAAAUGGCACCGUCAAAGGGCGGAAAUAUCACGAAGGCCAAGAGGGCGUACCUGACCCCAGCCCAAUUCGCCAGGUUGAAAAGCGGGAGGAAAGCCAACGUGUUCGUCGGACCAAAAGGCGACGGCUUCAUCGGCAUCGAGGGUGCCUAUGUUAAUCUCCUACAUCAUCAUUGGGGUUUCGCGAAGAAACAUCUUGCUAACGGAACUUCUGCGCUCUUCAUUGAGGAUGGAGUGAAACCGAUCGUUCAAUGGAUCUACAGCUACAUGCUCGGCGGGGAGAAAGAUACGGAUUGCCAGUCGAAGCUCGACGAUCUGAGCAUCCCCCAGCUCAUCGAUCUUUACGACCAUGCCACCUACUUGGAGUACCAGUCGCUUGCCGACCGAGUGAUUGGGUAUCUGCGCUCCCGAUUCCGACAGGUGCUGCCUAAUGUCAAUUCGAUACAGCGAAUCAACUUGGUUAUUCCUUCGUUGACCGACUAUGUCAUUAAAUUAAUCGCCGAUGUCAUGACGAAGCCGUUGGUGUUCGACUACACGGCCUAUAUGACUCACGCAGAAGAGGACGCAGAUUUCCGCAUUGCACUAGAAGAGUCUAUCCAUCAGACCCUGGACCAUCGGGUCAUUCUCUCGGAGAAGUAUUACAAUGGACCGAAUCCGAAUCGCUACCUUCGGGAGUCUAAUGACUACUACCUCAAAACGGAGAAUAAUGGCAUCCCCCCAAAACCUGUCGUGAAGUUGCCUAUCGCUGCUGACACCAAGAAACCAACAUCGGCCUCAGCAGAGGAAGGGCCACUUGAGCGAAAGCCUCGUCAGAAGCGCCGCCUUAGGAAGCCAACGAAGAACACCGUCGAGACCGCAUCGGUUGACGCUAGUCAAGCGGCCGAGCCUACGACCUCGCCCGCCGAUCAACCCGAGGCGAAGAAGCAGAAUCGCAAGGAGAAAUUCAAGUCGCGCCAGAACUGCUUCCGCUGCGGUGAGAAAGGACACAUCGCCCGCGACUGCUCCGUGACGCUCGAUGAGGGUAUCGCUCCCUCUAUGAACACCGAUGGGACAGCAAUCCGGGCUGGCGAAUCCGUUACUACCAAGGAGGUAUCCAAGAAGCGCACGCGGCGUCUUCCUGUCUGCUUCAACUGCAGUGAGACCGGCCACACCGCUCGUAACUGCACCGUGGACCAGGGCCUAGCAACAAUCCCGGAAGAGAAUGCGGCAAAGACCGGCGAGGCCGAUACCGGGAUCAAAGACGAGUCGAAGAAUGGCACUCGCCCGCCACCCGUUUGCUACAACUGCAACGAAGAGGGUCACAUUGCCCGGAACUGUCGCUAUCCGCGCGAGUUCUCUAGGCAGAAUCACUUCAACGAGAACUUGACCGACAACCCUGACCCUAACGUAGGCCGCGGCCGCAACAAGAACCGCCGUCGUGCCCGAGUCGACCGAUACAUGGACUACGUGCAAGCCAUUCCAGUCAUUCAUAACGGGGAGGGAAUUACGACGUGUGAUCGCGAAGUGCGUCUGGGCGAGGUGACGCGGACUGGGCUGUGGAUUGAGUGA